AUGCCGAACCUGGACGACGCUAAGGCCAGGGCUGAGAUGAUGGCUCGGCAAGUGAACGAAGAGUUAGCGAAGCGCGGGAUAGGCGUGCAGCGGAAGCCGGAAACGGCGGCGGCAGGGCCGCCAGGAAAACCGCCGCCAGAGGAGAUUGUUAAGGAGGUGGUGAUUAACGAGUGUAACCCUAACGUGCGUUACCAGCUCACGCGCCGCGGCACUCAAGACGAUAUUCACCGCAAGACAGGCGCGGUGAUUUCCACCAGGGGCAAGUUCUGCAACAUGAACGAUCCGAAGAAUCGCGACCGUCCAUUGUAUCUGCACGUGUCCCCAUCCACCGAGGCCAAGACGCCGGAGGAAAAGCAGCGGAUGGUGGACGCGGCCGUCCGUAUGAUCGACGACAUCAUGAAUCUACGGCCAGGAGAGCAGCCCAGGGCCCAGGCGCCCGAUCGGGCCGAUCCUGGCCGUCCGCCGUGGGGCGGCGAGCGGUCGAGAUCGUCCCGCGACAGCGGCAGGGCGGGGCGGGGCGGGCGGCAUGAGAGGGAGCUUGAGGCGGGCAGGGGGCGGGAAAGGGACAGAUACGAUCCGGAAGGGUAUGGCGCCCCUCCCCAGUACGCACCUCCCCCCGGAUCCUACCCGCCUGGUUCCUACCCCCCCGGGUCCUACCCGCCUGGUCCCUACCCGCCUGGGUCCUACCCUCCUCAGGGUCAGCCUCCCCCUUAUGGUGCUCCCCCCCCCGGGGGAUAUCCCGCCCCUCCCCCAGGGACAUAUGACCCUGCAUACGGCCCGCCUCCUCCCCACGGUUACCCAGGCUACCCCCCUCCUGCUGGCGCUCCUGGUCCGUAUCCCCCUCAGGGUGCCCCUGGGUAUGGCCCUCCCCCGCAGGGUGCACCUGGUGAAUACCCCCCGCAGGCGCCCGGGCAGUACCCUCCGGGCCAAUACCCGCCGCCUGCUUACCCCCCUGCUGGUUACCCUGCUGCCGCCCCGUCCCCAUAUGCACCUCCCCCGGGUGGCGCCUAUGGGGCGCCCCCGCCUGGGGCGUAUGGGGAAGGGUAUGGCGCCCCGUCCGCUUCUGCAGGGUCUAUCCCUCCGGGCAGCAACAUCGUACUGGUGUUUGCGGGAUUCGAGCCAACGCGCGAGUUCGAUGCGUCUGGUCGGAUCAGAGGACCAAAUGGCGCUUCUGCUGGGUCUAUCCCUCCGGGCAGCAACAUCGUGCUGGUGUUUGCGGGGUUUGAGCCGACCCGGGAGUUCGAUGCCUCUGGGCGAAUCAGAGGACCCAAUGACUCGUAUUUGGAGCAUAUUCAGACGUCCACGGGUAUCAAGGCGACGUUGCAUGGACGAUGCUCCAACAACCACGAGAUCAACGGCGAAGGUGAGAGCAGCUGUGAAGGUGAGGCCAGCUGUGAAGGUGAGAGCAGCUGUGAAGGUGAGACCAGCUGUGAAGGUGAGAGGUGGGUGAAGGUGAGGAGAGGACGGAGUGAGAUUAACGCUGCAGAGCUAAACGCGCCCCUGCACGUCUCCCUGACUGCCUCUGAAGGUGCAUCAGCAGCACAGAUGGCCGAAGCAAAGAAGCUGGCAGAGAGCCUCAUAGACACCAUCCGGGACGAGUGGCAGCAGCAGCAGCAGUCAGGGGGCGCAGGGGGUGGAGCCGGAGGGGGAGGAGGCGGAGGGGGUGGGGGAGGGGGUGGUGGAGGGGGAGGGGGGGAGAAGGACGGGGGUGGAGGGGGAGGCGUGAGUGGCCCAGGGUAUGCGGCGUAUGGGGGGUUGUAUUCGCAGGUGGGCAUGGGGGGAGGGGGAGGGGCGGGCAGGAGCACAUCGGGCAAGGGGAGAAAGUUCCGGGAAGUGACUGACGUGGGAGGGGGAGGAGGGGGUGGUGCUGCUGCUGCUGGUAAUACUGCUGGUGGUGGUGCUGGUGGGAGUGGUGGUGGUGGUUCGUCUGGUGGGGGUGGUGGUGGUGCAGGGAACGGUACAGGUGCCCACCAGUCUUCCUAUGGCUCGUAUGGGGGUAGUUAUAUCACUUACCAGCCGCAGCAGCAGCAACAGCAACAGCAACAGCAGCAUCAGCAGCAACAGCAGCAACAGCAGCAACAUCACCAACAGCAGCAGCAGCAGCAGCAGUACCAGUCGUCUUCCAUGCCUCCACCGCAGGCUCGGUCGAUCAUGGGCCCGCCGCCCCCGAAGCUGCCGACCAGGCUCGGCGGAGGAGGUGGAGGCCAGGCAAAUGGGCAAAACGGUUCGGUGACUGCAGGCUCGGCAGGUGGCUCGGGAGGCAUGACUCUGGUGGACUAUGGGGAGGAGGAAGAUUGA